AUGUACUUCGGGUUUUCCAACGGCCAGUACCAGUCCGGCCAAACUACCCGAACAGGUCGCUCUCCGGGGAGAAAAGCUCCCACCGCCUCCAAAUCUUUCCGCGGAAGCCACUUUGUGUCCUUCGAAGGAGGGAGAAUGAAGAGGGAAAAAAAGAACACGUUGGGAGAAACCCGGGCAAGUGACAAAGGAAGGCAAAAAAGGGGGCUGGAGAUUGCGUUCAAGUUUCGGGGUCCCACUGGUCUGCAGAGAGCGAAUCCCCCAGAGGCCGGGACUCGGGCUCCUCUCCGGUCGGGCUCGGAACCGAAGCUGCCGCAGCCUCGGGAAUGGGGCCGGCCGGAGAAGUCCAAACAUGUUCAAAAAGCUGCUCUCCAUCUCGACUUUCACGUCUCCCCACCGCUCUCUAGGCUUCGGCUCCCCAAUCAGCCAUCCGCGCUCUCCCCCAGCCUCAAUCAGAAUGGUACGAUCCGGGCGCUGGCCGCACUCCAGGAGUCAGUGCCGGGAGCACGCGAGCCAGGCGAGGAGGGAGUGGGGCGAGGGAAGAGAGGCAAGGUGGGUGGUGAUUGGCUGAGGCCGGUUGCCGGAGCCUGGAGCCUACGUCUUUUGUCUGCCUUGCUCCUGCGAAGGAGCGGGAGACGGCUGCGCGCCCCAAGCGGGCCAAUCAGGAGACAGCCGGCGCCGGCCGGUAGAAGAUACUGGAAGAUCAACUCUAAUUUGUGGCUGCCUUCCCAGCAGUCUCUACUUCAGCAUAUCUGGGAGCCAGAAGCACUCAAGUUUGAUAACUCAAAAGACAGAACAAUCAGUCAAGGGGUAGAGGCUACCUUCCAUUCUGCUCAUCUUACGCUUCUUGGAAAGUAGACAUUCGGUGAAGAUAACUACUAUUCUCCAAACUUCAUUCGGGACCCUAAUCCUUCCCUGUUGAUGUCAGUGUGUGAAAUUCUAAAUUAUGUCAUGGGUGUAUACAUUCAAAAGCAAUAUAUUUUCAAAUAAACAAAAAAUAUAAUUGUCCAUCACAUAUACCAAA